UCCGAAUUGUGCCGAACCGACACGAAAUGAAAUAUCUGACCAAGCGACAGCGUACAAGAAGGGUGCAACUAUUCAAUCGAUUUGGAAAGAUCUCUUAUCCGAUCAGCACAGAGGGACUCAACGUCAACGUCGAUUUGGACUUGUGCAGUGAAAUAGGGUCCAACGAUUUGGAGACAACGUCCUCCAAUAAGAAGUUGAUAUUGACGACAAAGACCAUCGCCAACGGCGUCUACAAGUCCAAGCAUUACCACCAACUCCAGCAGCAGCAGCUACCGCAACAGCCCCCCGACGGGACGACUUGCCAUCAGCGAGGCUUUCAAUUUAGAUUUGGCUCUAGUAGUUUCUCUCAAAACUCAGAAACCGCUUCCACCAACCAUUUUAAGCUUACGCAGCUGCCAAAAAGGCGAACAAUGUCUUGGAGCCGAGAUGUGUCAGUUCACGAACUGCUGUCGCUCCUAGCCAUGACUACACCAUACAAGGAGCUGGAGAGCCUGAUGCUAUCAAUGCUUCAUAACACCGCCUUUGAACCACUGUGUACGGGCAACCCCACUGCCGGCAAUAUACCAUGCAAGAAAUUCUGGUCCAAUCCCUUUGAGAUCACUUACUUCAAUAGCAACGAGACGAAACACCAGCCACAUCAGUUCGCCGAUAUUAUUCCUCAAAGCGCCCUGAACCCGAUUGGCUAUGAGGCCAAGUGCAAAAACCAAAUGCAACAGCAACAGCAGCAGAAGCAAUUCCAACCGAUGAUGAAUGAUGAUUUGUGGUUGCUGCAGCAAUACAACCGCAACAUAAUCCAUCCAAGUCCCAAUAGCAUUGUGGACAGCACCAAAUGCAUUUGGAAUCGCAGCAUCCAAUGGGACAACUGCCAGCAGAAAACUCAACAGCAUAGAGAAUUCAGCUGGGGUCGGCGCAGUCGCGCUGCAUUGGCUCAUCAGCAGCACACUUUGAUAGCGGCAGUGCCGGAGUAUCCGCAACAUAACCAACAAAUGAUAACACCAGCAGUAGCAGCAGCAACCAGCAACGACAAGUAUAUCGUGCGCAGCAAUGACACUUCUCGUUACUUUUAUAAAAACCAUGACAAUUACAAUGCGCGCAACAACAACAGUCGCUUGCAGUACCAGCAGCAACACGUACGUCACAGCUAUCAGAAUGCACAGCAACAACCAUCGAGCCAGCUCCAGCAGCAGCAGUAUUGGUUAUCCAAGCCACGCCCACAAUUCCACACCAGUCGCUUCAACAAGGGCAAACAUUGCAAGCAUUGCUGCUGCAACGUUCGCAACAGCAACCACAACAAUAACAAUUACAGCAACAGCAAUAUAGAUCCAUAUAUUCUGAAUCUGUGCCAGGAGGAUCUGUAUGCAAUACAUGCAACAGGAGUGAAGCCAAUACGAAAACCGAUUGACAACUGGGAGAUAACAAUGAAAGCGAAGCCGCAGUUUCUUGAGCCGAUGUCAGCGACAAUUGUAUCAGAAUCAUCAGCAACGCCUGCCUCUCCAAAUCCUUUUGCGUGUGGUCCUCCGUUGCCUUUACAGGGUCAGGUGACGGUGCCAAUGGGUGUCGGCUGUAAUCUAUAUACGGCAAACUUUCCACCACUGCCAGCACCAAAUCAGAGACGUGACGACCAAUUCCAAUACCAACAGGAUUAGGUUGCCGCAUAUGUUAGGUGCGAUUUUUUCGGAAGUUUAGGUAAAAUGAAUAUAUUAUUAAGUAACAUAGUUAAGACAAGGCAAAAUUGUUACAGAA